AUAACAGAUGCCAACACAUGUGCUUUACACAUAGCUGCUGAUCAUUAUUUCUUUAAAACAUUUGCCAAAGAAUCAUUAGAAGAUACAGUGGCAGAAAUGGUCUUCCACAUUGCACAUGCUGAUAAGAUAUUUCGUUCGACUGACUUCAGUGGUGAUGGUGGUCAUGGCGAUAACAUUGGUUUUACUAUUGCUGCCAUCACUGUUUAUCAGGAUGAAAUUUCAGAAGAUUUUUUCAAACCUGUAUCAACAAGUGAUCCAGUCAGCUUCCUCACAGACUGGAGUAAACUGAACCAUGAAGCAUUUUGUCUGUCUGUACUCUUUACAUUCAAAGAAUUUGACAAAGGUGUCCUUGGCCUUGCUUGGGUAGGGGACCUUUAUUCUGGAGGUAUUUGCUCAAAGAGGAUUACCAYGGAAAACUCAACAGAGGAAAUAAGUUUUAACAGUGCAGUGGUAACCUUGUUAAAUAGUGGUGCUAAAGUUCCAAGGAAAGCAUCUAUUGUGACAGUCACACAUGAACUGGGGCACAGCUUUGGAGCAAGACAUGACCCAAAAGAAUGCAGGCCAGGUGGACAUGCUGGUAAUUACAUAAUGUAUGAGAGAGCAACUGAUGGCACUGAACCAAACAACUACUUCUUUUCUAAAUGUAGCAAGGUUGAAAUGUGGCCAGUUAUAUACUACAAAGGACCAGUAUGUUUUAUUGGUCAUGAUAGAGGUAUAUAUUGUGGUAAUAAGGUUGUAGAAGAAGGAGAGGACUGUGAUUGUGGAUAUCCAGAGGAAUGUGACAGGGUUGACAAGUGUUGUGAUCCWGGAAAUAUGACCUCAGGGAUAUCGUCUUGUAAGAUUAAAGAUGGCUACCAGUGUAGUCCAAAGAAAGGACCUUGCUGYAGUGAUAACUGCCAGUUAAUUACCUCUGAAAACACAACAUGUCAAGAAGAAACUGAUUGUACUUAUAGACUCAAUUCCUUUACUAAUUCCUUGACAUACAUCACUACUAUCAAUGUUACAUGUCCAAUACCAGUCUCUAAACCAUCCAACACGACCUGUAACUAUGGCAGCAAUACAUGUUUAGAUGGUGUGUGUACUGGAUCUAUAUGUACAAAAUACAACUUGGACCAGUGCUCAUGCAAAAGCUUUGAUAGCAUGUGUCACGUUUGCUGCAGUCAUAAAAAGAAUGGAUGUGUUUCAUCCAGUACAUUAACUGGACAAGUCAUCUACCAAGCUUCUGGAAGUCUAUGUGGCAAUAUAUCUGGUUACUGCAAUGAGUAUGGUCAAUGCAUCAUAGUUGAUACAGACCAUCAAUAUACUAUGCUGGUUGAAGCACUGAGGAGGCUUACAUCGAAAGCAAUGUUGAGGAGGUUUACAGCAUGGGCCAAUGAAAACUGGUUCGUGAUGUUAAUAGUUUGGUUUGGUAUAUUAGCAGUGUUUCUAAUACUUAAAUGCAAACUGUUCACCAUCAUAUGUACAGUUAAAAGGAAAUACUCUGCAGUAGAACCAGAACCAUGCACAACAUUCAACAAUGUCAGUCCAAUUGAAGCAACAGAUGUGGAUGCAACAUUCAGAAGCACAGAUUUGGGUGGAUUUUGGRAAACAGAAGCUGAUGUAACAUUACAAAAUAGUGUGAUGACAAAUGAUAGCAGUUUAUUGAAUGCACCAGAACCYAAAGCAGCAUUURAAAGUUUGAAACAAACAGACAGUCAGUUCAUYGGAUCCGAACCAGAAUCUGCAUUCAACAACAUAACAGAUGCUAUGAAUAGCCAGARGGCAAACAMCAGCCAUUUGGAGCUWACAAARCUUUCYAUAACAACCAAUGACAGUGUACAACACUUCGUACAGCAAGAUAAUGAACUURAUACUGUAGACMUACACCAAAGGGAUGGAUCAYGYASCUAUCCAGAAUCACAGUYGUCUAAAAUGACACAAACUAACAACAGUSAACAACAACAACCUGAAAGUCAUUUUGUUCAAGUAGAAAGAGAUUCAAUAAAWGUUUGA